AUGGCUCUCACGAUUCCGACGCCAGAGGAACCCUUGGAGUCGGUCCCCUUCCUCGGAGACCGUAUGGACUGGCCAGCCUGGUUCAGCGACGUUGCGGCCAUCUCAAAAGCCUUGGGCAUCUGGAGAUACGUCGAUCCUGACGGCGGAGACUGCAGCCUGAGCGAGCCCGCGAAGCCUGCCGUCCCGACACGGCCCCAGUUCAAGCAGCAGUUCCCGGCAAGAGAGCAAUACGAGACGGACAAGGUGUACGAACUGCGGGUUGAGCAGGAGAGGCAUGCCCAGUCUCUCGCCGCAAGAGAGUACGACGUCCUGUGCGAGCAAUACCGCAUGGACACCGCCGAAUACCUGAGCAAUCUUGCUUGCUACACCGCCGCCAAACAUGACCUGCAAAGGCUGCACCGGAUCAUCUACCGAAGCAUCCCCGAGAGAUACCGCGCCUACCUGCAGCUGGAUGGGGCAGAGACGCCCCGGGACAUGGUCCUGUGUCUGCGGUCGAGAAUCCGCCCUUGUUCGGACAAAGAAAGAGCGCCCAUCGCCCAGCGACAGCUGGACGCCAAGUUGAACGCCCAGCCCACGGACGACAAGGGGGCCUUCAUCGACGCCGUUGCCCUGGCCGCCGUCGAGCUGCAGCGCCUCAAGCCGUCUGCGUUUGACGACGAGACGGCGGCCAAGGACCUGAUCAGAUCCCUGCAGACGCUCGACAAGCCCUUUGCCGAUGCGUGGUCUCGCAGCCGCGACGGGGCGUCGGGGGGACGGGCCUCCGCCACGGUGCUGGACCUCGUCGAGGAAUUCAGGUACAAGAUGCGCAUGCGGGACGACAAGUCGUACCUCGAGGAACUUGCUGGUGUCGGCGUCAGACCCGCCGAGGACAAGACGCCCGACCCUGCCGUCCCAAACCACUCGGCCCAGCAGAACGGAGUCGACCCGGCGAAGCCGCCCAAGAAGGCAAAGAAGGCCACGGAAGACGCGGCCGUCGCACAAGAGCAGCAGCCCAAGGUCAAGAAGAACGACAGGGAGGCUCCGCUUCCCGAGAAGCCGUCGUCCAAGUUUAAGAGGAAGGGCGAGACGAACGGCGCCCUGGCCAUGCAAAUCUGCCCCGGGUGCCAGAUGAGACAUCUCAUCCGAGCCGACGCCUGGUGGGAGAGCUGUUACGUGUACUACGAACUCGGCGGGCUUGGUAAUGUGCCGGAACACUUCACCAUCAGCGCGAAAAGGCUCGACAUGGCUUGCUCUCGGCUGAGGGACUUCCCCGACGAGCUUAAUCGGGCACAGGAAUGGGCGAAGAAGAGGGCCGCACCUAAUGGCGCAAAGGUGCCAGAGACUGCAGAGUUCAAUCUGUGGUAA